AGAAAGUUAUUUAUUCUAUGGCGGCAGUAGCACACUAGCGGCAGUGUCGGCGCGUGGAUGUAGUCGCCCAGGUGCUGCGGUUGCUGCGCAUGAAAAUGUGGAAGUUGUUGUGUUGCAUUUGUCCCUUUGUUGGCACUUUCUACCGUAGUUGUAGCUCGGGACGGCAUGUAGGGGGUUUUCUGUGCCGUGUUUCCCGCGCGAGUGUGUUCGCGGCCACGGUUCCGUUGUGCUCAGCGUUGUAAGAAGUUGAGUGCGCUGCAGUGACUGCAACAGGUGUGUGAGCAAAUGCAUUAAUUUCGGUAUUGACCAUGUCGAAGAGGUUUUACUGCUGCGUGGAGUACUGCUUCACAAAACAAGGAAACGGUAUAGCAAUGCAUCAAUUUCCUACCGUGGAACCUAUACGAAAGCAGUGGAUUGAUUUUGUGCGCGCCACUAAACGCGAUGGAUGGAAUCUGCGGCGUACCAAUCGCAUCUGUUCGCUACAUUUUGAGGAUACUUGCUUUAUGCAAAAUCCGCGAUGUUUAGCGCAGUUUGGUUUUGCGACGAAUAGACUUCGUCUCGAGCCUAAUGCCAUCCCGAGCAUUUACCCCGCUAUUUGCCGCCCGCGAGCAAAAGCAGCUACUGCAGCCCUCGAGCAUCCUCGCCGCGAGUUUGGCGAAGGGGAGCCACGAGCGCCUGCUUCCUUGGUGCAGAUGUCGCUGGAGCGCAGCUUCGCCGACCCGAUAUACAUGCCUACUAACUCGGUUAUUUUGGAACCAGUGCGCUAUGGUAGGGACCAUAGGUGCGCGAAGCCUCUCCAACCUCUCUGCCAGCCACCUGGCAUUCGAUCCAAAGCGCGAGCCAUUGAAGCUGCGUGCGGGUCUGAUAUUCCGAUAACCACAGGACAAAUAAAAGUGGAUGCACAGACACAGUAUGCUGUCGCAGUGGCCUCAAAGACUGCCCAGGUGGCUAUGAUGCCAGGGGAAAGAACUAUACAUGGCGAAAGACGCCGAAUGGCAAAAGAUAUGGAGUGCCAGACUGACUUAUAGUAUCAGAAGAGGUGAAGCAGUGGGCUCUCUACAACGACACUGUUCAGACCCACCUCAAACGUGUAUGUUGGAGAUGGAUCUGAAUGCCACGGUACUUGUCAUGGCAGGCAACAUUUAUGUUGACUGUCAUGACAAGUACUCUCGCGUUCGGAGCCGUGUCUAGUACACACGUUACAGAUGCAUCUGAACGCUGCCAUUGCAGAGAGCCCACUACUGUCGUGACAAGACAAAGAAGCCUUACAGCAAUCACUCCAACCAUUCUGGAUCAAAGAGAACUAUGGAGGGAUGCUGGUGCAAAACUAUGGCUGAUGCAAAGAACUCAGUGCCCUUCCACUCUGUGAAGAAGGAUGACCGACCCGCGAAGCUGUGUAUGUGGGCCCCUUAAUGGUGAACUGCGCCUCCGUCGCGGGUCGGCCUGGCAUUGCACUAUCUUCGUGAUAGGCCCAUGUAGCGGAGUGCUUAACGCCUGCUUCACCUUUGCCGGUGUUGCAUUGUGUUUGGGAUCGGCAGACGUAUGGGGAGCGUUCAGUUUUCGAGACCAGCCCACAUAUGAGGAGUGCUUAACGUCUGCGUAACCUUUGCCACGAGAUGGCCUGGCAUUGCACUAUCUUCGGGAUUUUUUUUCUACACGCAGACACGAUAGUGGGGAAAGUAGCCCUUAAGAGCUAAAAUUACAUGCUCAUUAGAUAUGAAAGGCCUUCGCAAUUUUCCUUACACUCUGGUCACCGUUGCAGCAAGUGAACUAGUACAAACUCACCCAGUUUGCUACUGUAUUCAAGAGUGAACAUCUUGAGUAAUAAAGCAAUUUUCACUAUUUUUCUAUUCAAAUAUGAGUAUUUUGUAGACUUUGACUGUAGUAUCAUUAACAAUUUAAAACUGGCUGGUCUGACAAUGGCUUGUAGUUUCAGUAUGAUUGCUCAUUUUGAGUCUUCGUGGAAUCGUGCAGUUUUGUACUGCUGCAAGCAACAUAGACGUCAUGCAACAUCAUCCGCAUUUCUUUCCGAGAUGGAAAAGCUUUUUCAGUAGUUAGUUUGAACAUUUUGAUAUGAAGCGCAUAGUUCCAGGCACAGUAUGUGGUCAUUGUAAUAAAACAAUGGCACUAGAACAUGUGCCAGGUGUGCGAGCUACUAGAGGGCAUAAUGAUGACUUUACAAAUAGCAGCAAUAUUUCAGACAAGAAUCAAAGUAGUUGUUCCAAAACAUUUACCUUGUCUCUUUUGCCACUGUUUUCGAUGUCUGUUGAAUAAAACCAUUUCAGCCUCAA